UGUCCGCUGAGCGAGUCGCCGCCGGGGCGGCACACCGACGCCGACGCCAGCACGUCGCGGCGCCAGCCAUGGCGUUCCUCGGCGCCCGCCACGCGCCCGCGCUGCUCUGCCUGCUCGUCCUCUCCGAGCACACGCCUGCCGAGAAGAUCCCAAUCGGUGCCAUCUUCGAGCAGGGGACGGACGAGGUGCAGACGGCGUUCAAGUACGCGAUGCUCAGCCACAAUCAGAACGUCACCGGCUCUAACAGCCGCCGCUUCGAGCUGCAGGCGUUCGUUGACGUUAUUAACACUGCCGACGCCUUCAAGCUGUCCAGGCUUAUCUGCAGCCAGUUUUCGAGGGGAGUAUUUUCUCUACUCGGAGCCGUCAGCCCGGACUCAUUCGACACGCUGCACUCGUACAGCAACACCUUCCAGAUGCCCUUCGUCACGCCGUGGUUCCCCGAGAACGCGUUGGCCCCAACGUCCGGCCUGCUGGACUACGCGCUCAGCAUGCGGCCCGACUACCACCAGGCCAUCAUCGACGUGGUGAGGUACUACGGCUGGACUAGCGUCGUCUACCUGUACGACUCCAACGACGGUCUGCUGAGGCUACAGAACAUCUACCAGAACCUGCGUCCUGGUCCGAAGGCUCUGAACGUAGCGGCCGUGAAGCGAGUCCAGAACGCGUCGGAAGCCAUCGACUACCUGCACAGCCUGGAGGAGGUCAGCAGGUGGACCAACAAGUACGUUGUCUUGGACUGCCCCACGGAGAUGGCGAAGGAGAUCGUCGUGACUCACGUACGCGACAUUUCACUGGGCAAGAGGACCUACCACUACCUGCUCAGCGGACUGAUAAUGGAUGACCACUGGGAGACAGACGUGACGGAGUACGGCGCCGUCAACAUCACGGGCUUCCGGAUCGUGGACGGCAGUCGGAACUUCGUGCGCGACUUCCUCGAUGGCUGGAGGAAGAUCGACUCCAGCACGUCUCCAGGCGCCGGCCGGGACUACAUCUCGGCCCCCGCGGCGCUGAUGUACGACGCCGUCUUCGUGCUGGUGGAGGCGUUCAACCGGCUGCUGCGCAAGAAGCCGGACGUGUUCCGGGCCAACUUCCGCCGCGGCCAGGUCUUCAACAACGGCAGCCGCGGCAUCGAGUGCAACACCAGCAAGGGCUGGGUCACGCCCUGGGAGCACGGCGACAAGAUCCUGCGCAUCCUCAGGAAGGUGGAGCUAGACGGCCUGACUGGUGAAGUGCGGUUUAACGACGACGGUCGUCGCCGUAACUACACGUUACAAGUGGUCGAAAUGACAGUCAACAGCGCAAUCGCUAAGGUAGCUGAAUGGUCCGACGAACUGGGUCUGACUCCUGUAGCUGCCAAGUACAUGAGGCUCAGAACGAGUGCGGAUAGCAAGAAGAACAAGACGUACAUCGUGACCACCAUAGUGGAGGAGCCGUACGUAAUGAUCCGGACGGAGGAACCAGGAGAGAACCUGACGGGCAACGACCGCUUUGAGGGAUACUGCAAGGACCUGGCAGACCUCAUCGCCCAGAAGCUCGGCAUCAAUUACGAGCUGAGGAUAGUGAAGGACGGCCAAUACGGAGCGGAGAACCCGGAUGUGGAGGGAGGCUGGGAUGGAAUGGUGGGGGAGCUCGUCCGCAAGGAGGCGGAUAUCGCGAUCGCGUCGAUGACGAUCACCUCGGAGCGGGAGCGCGUGAUCGACUUCAGCAAGCCGUUCAUGUCGCUGGGCAUCAGCAUCAUGAUCAAGAAGCCGGUGAAGCAGAAGCCGGGCGUGUUCAGCUUCCUGAACCCGCUCAGCAAGGAGAUCUGGGUGUGCGUCAUCUUCUCGUACGUGGGCGUCAGCAUCGUGCUCUUCUUCGUGUCGCGCUUCUCGCCCUACGAGUGGCGCCUGCUGCAGCCCGCCUUCCAAGAGCCCCCCGGGCUCGCAUUCGUCAGCGGGCCCGGACCCUGCCCGGCCGACGGCGUCGUCGGCAUCGGCGCCGUCGGGGUCGGCGGGGGCGGGGGAGCGGGCGGCGGGGGCGGCAAGGAUCCCGCCGGCGGCGCGCUCACCAACGAGUUCAGCAUCCUCAACAGCCUGUGGUUCGCCCUCGGGGCCUUCAUGCAGCAGGGCAGCGACAUAGCGCCCAGGUCGAUCUCGGGCCGCAUCGUGGGCAGCGUGUGGUGGUUCUUCACGCUGAUCCUCAUCUCGUCCUACACGGCCAACCUGGCCGCCUUCCUCACCGUCGAGCGCAUGGUGGCGCCCAUCAACAGCCCCGAGGACCUGGCCUCGCAGACCGAGGUCGAGUACGGCACGCUCUACCACGGUUCCACCUGGGACUUCUUCAGGCGGUCACAGAUCACGCUGUACAGCAAGAUGUGGGAGUUCAUGAACUCACGCAAGCACGUGUUCGUGCGCACGUACGACGAAGGCAUUAGACGGGUGAGGACAUCCAAAGGAAAGUACGCGCUGCUCAUCGAGUCUCCCAAGAACGACUACACCAACGAGCGGGAGCCGUGCGACACCAUGAAGGUCGGCCGCAACCUGGACGCCAAGGGCUUCGGGGUCGCCACCCCCCUAGGCUCGCCCCUCAGGGAGAAAAUAAAUUUAGCAGUCCUUUCUCUGACCGAAAAUGGCGAGCUAACAAAACUUAAAAACCGUUGGUGGUACGACCGCACGGAAUGCAAGCAUAGCGACAAGCAGGAUGCAUCUCGAAAUGAACUUUCAUUGAGCAACGUCGCUGGUAUAUUUUACAUCCUGAUUGGAGGGUUGCUGUUUGCUAUGGCUGUGGCUCUGUUGGAGUUUUGUUACAAAUCACACGUCGAAGCGUCUAAAUUGAAGAUGUCACUGUCUGAUGCCAUGAAAGCGAAAGCAAGGUUGACAAUUGGAGCAGGGAUCGAUUUUAACAAUCAAAGGUACUACACGCCAACCCACCAGAUAAACAGCAUUGAUAAUGAUCAGCUGCACAGCAACACACACACUCAAGUUUAAUUGAGUGCUAUGUACUUGUAUAUCUGGACGUCAUAAAAAUGAACAAUCUGAACUGCACUGCACUCGUCAAGAAAGAGGGGGACACUUCAACACGACCAAUCAAGAGAUGUUCUACGCAGAUAUAUGUGUAUCUCUGCGACUUGUGAUUGUUUACUGCUCCAGGAACCACAGGAACCACAGAGUGCGCAUUCCUAGAACUGUAUCAGAGGAUGGUCGACUUCUACAACUUCUUUCCAAAAUACAAAUCAAAGAGACAAUUUGUAUGCAACUUACUUAGAAAAUGUUAAUUAGAAAAGGUUAAUUAGUUGAGUACUUUCGAUCCUCAACUUACUUGUAUUCCAUUAAUUCUUCAAAGAAAUUUUAAUAUAUGCGUUGUGUGAGUUAAAGUCAUGAGAUGCAUACAAAUUUUUUCUUUCAAAUAUAUCAUAGCCUAGGGAAA